UCCUUGGACGCGAUUAAAGAAAUGGGUUGAUUUCAGAGCGUCGUCUAGUGGUGCUCCGAGCCGAAGUCCGCUCAUCUCUGUUCAGGGUGGUGCCUGAAACCGAUGCCCCGUUAAUAGUCCAAGCAGCGUUGCCCACUAAAAAAGCAUAUUGCUUCACCAUCAUCUUCCUCUCUUUGCUUUUUUUUUUUUUCCUUUUCUCUUUUACUUUUUCCUUUUUUUGUUGCUUAAACAAAAGGCAGAAAGAGGAACGCCCACUGAGACGGAAGAGGAUUCCCUCUGGUGAGUUGCUUCAGCAAAGGAGUUUGCUACAUGGUAAAAGAAAGAGGUCGAACUGGGCAGCUUUUGUUUUAAGUUUAUCUCCUUCUGGAGCUUCAGUUUCGCCCGAAAUAAUGGCUUUGAGACAGUUGCUUGCCUACCAAAUCUCUGAAAUCCCUUGCAGAAGUUCCAAGGCCGAGUGCCCACUUUCUCUUUUUUGAUGACUUGGGUGGCUUGCUUUUUUCUGGGUUAAUGGUGGUGGCGGUAGCCCCUGGCUUUGAUUUGUGGGAAGAGUUGGGUGUCAAGGUGGUUGAAGGGCGUGGGAGUUGGCCUGUUUGGUGGUUCAGUUGCGUUGCAUGAUGUGAAAUUGGUGGCCUUGCUUGGCUGCGGAUGCUGUUCUUGAUCCGGCUAUGGAAGGGGAGAGCUCUGUGAGAAAGCGGGUUCUCUGGGCUGCCGUGGUGAUCGUGCUUCUUGUUUGUUUCCUAUGUGCAGUUCUUCUUCCGAGAUUCCAUGGAUUAUUGGCAGGCACUGGCACACUGUCCUGGCAAACUUAUCCAUCUCUGCCACCAUAUAUUGAUGAAAGAGGUUUUGGUGAAGGAUCUCUUGUGAAAUCACCAAUUCUGCAAAUGCCAGCCCUCACCAUUGCACUCACAGUUUCAGCUAAACAGCCGACACCAAGAAUUAUGCAACAGCUAGUUCCUUCUCUGCCCCCAGAUGCCUUAUUCCAUUAUAAUGCUUAUCAUCCAUUCCUUCCACAAAUAAGUCCAUCUGCGCCACCUCAUCCAAAUCCAGCAGUAGUAGAUGGGAGAAGACCUCCAAUGUCUGAAGCACCAAUUCAGUCAACCACACAUGAAGGCAUCGCAUCUCCUCCUGCAGUUGUUUCACAUAGCAAUUUGGCACCACAGGUCGCCAUGGAUCAAAUGGUCCCAACCCCACCACCGGAUGUAAGAAGCGAGAGAUCACAUUUGGCAACAGCUUCCCCUCCUAACAAAGCAUUACCACCAGUUGAGGAUGCUGAAAAUGGAUUCCUUUUUUCUCCGCCAAGUUUGUCUCCUUCAAUUCCCCAUGCUAGAAAACGGGUAUCUGGCAAAAGAAACCAUGAAACAGCACCAAAGACUCAUAUACUUUCCCCUGGUGGUGCCAUGAUUGAGAGGGCACCACCACCUAUGGUUGAAUCAGCUCCAUUGGCUGCACCACCAAAGCAACCAUUAAAGCUCUCAAGCAUGCAAGACACAGCUCCAUCUAUUUCUGCGGCUAGUCCUUCAGUUGGGUUAAAUAUACAAGAACCAGCUGCUUCACCACCCUGGGUAUCUCCUCCUAUUGAUUGGUGGCAACACAACAGUCAUUCGUGGCCUCCAACUGCCCCUGAGCAAGGUACUCCUCAUGCACAUCCUACAUUUAAAAGGACAGCAAGUCCUCCAAGUGUAACACACCCGCAACCAAAUGCACCUUCCAAGUCCCUUAUAACAGAAGGCUCAAGUCCUGUGUCAGCACCAUCUAAUUUGUUGCCUUCUCCAUUGCCUGUUAUAGCUCCAGCUCCACAGCAAGUGAACAGGUCCAUACCAUCAGCUUCCAAACAUCAUAAGGAGACAACAAAUCAUUUUCCUUCUCCACCUUCAGUUUCCCCACCCAAUGAAAGAGGUCCAUCUACCUCGCCAGCUUAUUCUCAAAAUCCUCUUCCACCAGCUGUAUCUCCAGUUUGGAGGUCACACAUGCCACGUGUUGCCCCUUCCUUACAUAGAGGUCUUCCCCAUUCCCCUGCUAAAUCACCACUUCCUUCCAUAGAGAGUUCAGGAUCUCCUUCAGGCUCCAGUUAUCCUUCUGUUGUUUCUCCUUCUCCAUCACCCUCAGAGAAACCAAGAAAACCAGCAGUGCCACUACCUGCUCGAGUAUUACCACCACCUCCUCCUAACCAAGAUUGUGAGCAAUUUGAGUGCAGAGAACCCUACACAAAUUCUCCACCAGGAUCAGCUUGUGGUUGUGUAUUGCCUAUGCAGAUUGGCUUGCGUCUCAGUGUUGCACUCUAUACAUUUUUCCCUCUAGUUUCAGAGCUGGCAUUGGAAGUAGCAAAUGGUGUUCAGAUGAAUGCAAGCCAGGUCCGCAUAAUGGGUGCUAAUGCAGACAGCCAGCAACAAGACAAAACUGUUGUGCUGAUCAAUUUGGUACCUCUUACCCCAAGGUUUAGUACUAAUACAGCACUCUCAAUCUACGAGAAAUUCUGGCACAAGCAAGUUGCUAUAAACAAUGUCUCUUUUGGUGACUAUGAAGUAUUAUAUAUUCGUUAUCCAGGGCUUCCUCCCCCACCACCUUCAGCACAAGCAGAUAUUGCGGUCAAUGGCAGGCCAUAUAUUCCUGGAAAUGGUUCGCCAAUAUUGAAACCAAUUGGAGUUGAUGUGAGCAAAAGGAAGAAGAAAUUGGGAGGUAGUUUGCUAACUAUCAUAGCUCUAUCAUCCGCUAUAGCUUUUGUUAUAUGCCUUGGAGUGCUUUGGUUCUUCGUUUUCAAGCAUAGAAACCGCUCUCAACGUUCCAAGCCAUUGCCACCUGUUAUGAUUUCAACCUUCAGGAAGUCCUCAGGCAUAGGAUCUCCAUUAUCUGGCAGUGGACCCAGUUCGGUAUCUUUAUCCUUUGGCUCUAGUGUUCCAACAUAUAAAGGAUCUGCUAAAACAUUUUCGUUAGCUGAGAUGGAAAGAGCUACAAAUAAUUUUGAUCCUGCUAGAGUCCUUGGAGAGGGUGGCUUUGGACGUGUGUACAGUGGCUGUCUUGAAGAUGGGAAAAAGGUGGCAGUAAAGGUUCUCAAACGAGAUGAUCAACAAGGUGGUAGAGAGUUCCUGGCUGAAGUUGAGAUGCUUAGUCGUCUGCAUCACAGAAACUUGGUGAAGUUAAUCGGCAUAUGUACAGAGGAGCAUUACCGUUGCUUGGUGUAUGAACUUGUUCCUAAUGGUAGUGUGGAAUCACAUUUGCAUGGUACGAGUUGUACAGUAAUAGCACAUAAUGUUAACCACUUCUACACAUUCUGCUCUGAGAUUCUUGCUGGACUUUUCCUGAACUUUAAUCACCGUGUUACAGGGGUGGACAAGGACAUCGCUCCACUUGAUUGGGGUGCACGAAUGAAGAUUGCACUUGGUGCAGCUCGAGGUCUUGCAUAUCUACAUGAAGAUUCAAGUCCCCGUGUUAUCCAUAGGGAUUUUAAAUCAAGCAACAUAUUGUUGGAGGAUGAUUUUACACCAAAAGUAUCUGACUUUGGCUUAGCUAGAGCAGCAGUAGAGGAAGGAAGUGAGCAUAUUUCUACACGUGUUAUGGGAACCUUUGGAUAUGUUGCUCCUGAAUAUGCAAUGACAGGUCAUCUUCUUGUAAAGAGUGAUGUUUACAGCUAUGGAGUUGUCCUUCUUGAGCUACUUACAGGAAGAAAGCCUGUUGACAUGUCACAGCCACAAGGGCAAGAAAACUUGGUUGCUUGGGCUCGUCCACUUCUUACAAGCAAGGACGGGCUGGAGAUCAUUGUUGAUCCGGCCUUGUCAGGUAGUUAUCCAUUUGACACUGUGGCCAAAGUUGCGGCAAUAGCUUCUAUGUGUGUUCAGCCUGAAGUUUCUCAUCGGCCAUUUAUGGGUGAGGUAGUGCAAGCUUUAAAACUAGUGUGCAGUGACACUGAUGAGAAAAAUGGAGGAUCAGGAAGCUGCAGCCAAGAGCAGCUCUCCCUGCAUGACUUGGAGACCAAGACCAGCUCUGUGACAUCGGUGCAUUUGGCACAUACUUCACCUAUUGCAGACGAUUGUAGUCAAAAUCUGGAAGCUGGUAGAGCAUUAUCUACUUCAGAUGUCCUUAGUAGCUCAGCAAGGGUUUCCCGACCAACAACUUCCUACAGGAGGCACUCUAGUUCUGGCCCACUAAGAACAAGUAGAAGGCAGCCAUUCUGGCAGAGACUUAGAGGUUUAUCAAGUGGCACGGUGAGUGAACAUGGUGUUGCACUAAGAGCGUGGCCUGGUUUAUAUAGCCACUCAGAUGAGCUUUAGCUGUAAUUAGUGGGAAGGUAACUUGCAAUUGGUGGUCACUGAAGGCCGAUUUCAAAUGUGUGCAGACACAAGAAACUGCCGUGCAUGUUGAAGUUGCAAAGCAAUGAAAAUGUCUCUUUUAUGGGAUGUAUACUGCCAUCUGGGACCAUAAAAACCACGUUGCCCUGUUGUUCAGUGGAAAUGUUGGAGGGAAAGAGUCAUUAAUUCAUGGUACUUAUACAUGGGGGCAUUUGUUAGGAUGUUCCUGCACCAUUCGAAUCGGACUGCUUGGCAUGUUCGUCUCAAGUGCGUGGCAGUUAUGUUCAUGGCUUCUUGCCUCAAGUCAGUUGGUUCAUUGUUCCUCCCUUUCUUGGGCUGAAGAUACGACAUGUCUCUGCUUGCGUUCAUUUCAGUGGCAGCCUUUUUUGUUGAUGUGUGAUGGGCUUGAUGUUGUCAGUUAAAUUUGCUGGACAGGAAUGGCCAGGUUAAAUCAUAUCAGUGCAGUAAUCCGACAAUGGACUGCCUUUUCUAAAAUCUCAGAAAAGAGAGGAAGAAGAGAAAGAAGAUCAUCAUUCUUAGAAGGCCAGAGAGAUAGCUUAGAUACUGCGGCCGUUUAUAUUUUGCACCCAGUCCUCUCCUCCAACCUCACCAAUGUCUGUCUUCUUUUUUCUCCUUUCUGAAAUUGUAUGUUACAUCUGCAUCGAAUAUGUAAAUAUUUGAGCAGUUGCUGUCCAGUUAAAAUAAUUUUACUAAAGCUGGUCGCGUGACCCGCCAAAGAACAUUUUGAGGAAGA